CAAUCUUUCAUGAUUCUUCUCUAACCGGAUCUUCGUGAUUGAUGUAAUUUCCGAUUAGUCUGCGAUCUUUAUCUUUAGUUCUCUAUCUCAGUUGGUCUCUCCAAGCAGAGAGUAUUUGGGUUUGGCUCCAAUAGAAAUCCUUCACAACCUACAAUCUCAUAGUAAAGCAGAGGUACGUUUCUGGUUUUACUGUUUUGGUGACACAAACUCGAACAUGUCGUAAGUGAAGGAAGAGAAAGAUUUUGCAAAAACACUGAAGAAUGAAGAUAACUUAAGGUUCACGAAACUACCCAAAAUAAGGUCCAAUGUAGCUUCUUGUCAAAUUUAUUGGCCAAUCUUGUAUUUUCCAUAUCUAAAACAGUAAUCCUUCACACUUUUGUUCCGAAACAAAUCAAUUACAGAAAAAAGGAAAUUUAUGGUUCGGAAUGUACAAGGUCACGGAUUCACAUUUAUGGAUAUGGAAAAUGUAACUUUCCUAUAGAGACCCAUCUUUCAAUUUUCCCUAUCUUACCCUCUUUUUUUAACCUAGAUUUUUUUCUCAUAAUAAAUUAUACGUAACGUAUCCACUGAUGUAGCUAAGCAUUAAACACUAAAUUUCCAAUUCACUCAAUAUCUUCCCUUCUCUCACACAACUUUCUUUUUCCAAGAAUUUCUCUCUCUCUUUCUCUCCAUUAGACAACACAACAAGACACUCGAAGAUCUCUCUCUCUCUCUCUAUAGCCAACGAUGAAGAUUAGCCGGAACAGUCCGAUCAAUAUCCUCAUCGUCUUCUUUCUUCUUACGACCGCAAGAGCAACAAGAAACUGGACUAACCGAACCCACCGAACCGUUCCUAGGGUUCAACACGCGUACUACGCAUAUCCUCACCGUUCAUGCGAAUCUUUCUCUCGUCCAUACGCACGCUCUAUGUGCAUUGAGCUCGAAAGAAUCCACAGAAGCAGUCGACAACCGUUGUUCUCUCCUCCACCUCCUUCGACGGAGAUUGAUCAAAGGUACGGCGUCGAGAAAAGACUUGUUCCCUCCGGUCCAAACCCACUUCACAACUGAUCCAAGGAAAGAGCUACCUAGGGUUCUUCUCAUUUUUUUCUUGUAAAUCUUUCUUCUUUCAAUUACUUUCUUGAUCUUUUUGUAUUGUGCAAUUAGUCAAUUACUACGUUAUGAGCAAAACUAGUACUAUUUCCAUGCUUGUUUUUGGGCUUAUCGAUUGUGAAAAUAGGGCAGAAACAAGCUUGGAAAUAGUUUUAUUUGCCAAGGAUCUUGAUCUUCACUUCCUUGUUAUAUUACUGCAUCAAAAAUCUUAUUUUAAAACAAAACGGUAGAAAAAAAAGAAGGUCAGCUCCAUACA